AUGGGAUCAAGAAGAGUAGGGUUAAGCUAUCUCGAUUCACCUAAGCCUCUACUCAAAUCGAUCAAGUCCAGGACUGAAGCGAAGACCACGACGGCUACGACCACGACGACAGAAGCGGCACCGAAACCGAAACUAGAGCCCAGGGCCCAGAGUAGACGCUCUCAGAUCAAGGUCGAGCCCACUGACGAUAUAUUUGCGCCACCACUUGCGUCUAGCGAUUUGGAAGACGAGGGCUCGGCUGAAGAUGCAGACGUCAACGUGAAAUCUGAACAGUCUAUCGCUGACAGCUCGGAUUCAGAUGCUCCGCCCCGAGGAGCUAUCUCGUCAACCACUUUCAAAUCCGAGGGCCAAAAGGGUGGGCGCUCAACUCGUCGAUCAACACUUCAAGAGGCACCAAAACUAGAGGAAGAACCCGAAGAGUCACAGUCAACGGCCAAGAAGAGGAAGCGCCCAUCCGAUGGCUCCCCCGAAAAGAGCAAACCCAAGAAAAAUGCACACCCCAAAACGGAGCCGACUGUAAAGCCUCUGAACAUGGCCAAUCACCUCAUAGAUUCCCAUGGCUUCGUCAAGCGAUCCGAGGCCAAAAACAAGUUUGGGAAAAGAAACCCCCUUGCUCAGGGAAUUCGGCUACUACCAAAAGAAGAGUCGGCCACGCCCGCCAGGUUUCGGCCGCCUCCCGAGUAUGGCACCAACACGCCCCGAAAGAGCUGGAAGUUUAUUGUGCCAGAUUCUGCUGGCUUCGAUUCUCCGGUCAAGAGGACCCGCCGACUAAUGACCCUUGAGCCUAUCCAUUACGAGAACGAGAAUGAGGAUGCUGAUGAAGACGACGAAGACGACAAUGAUACAGUGGCUUACAGCCAACCAGGAUCCUUCACAGGAGGUGCUGAACCUGCAACAAAAGGCAAAGCGAAAGGGAAACGAAAAGCCAACCCCCUACGCUCAAGAAAACUACUAAAUAGGAUCAAGGGGGAGCCCAAAGAAGAUGCAGAUCAAAUAACAUCUUCGCCGCCGCCCGCCAAGUUCGUCAUGCCCGCACAGCUCUCAGACUUCGUGCCACCCGGCAAUGGCACCGGGAACGGCGACGACAUUCACGACGGCGACCUGUCCGAUGCAAGCAGCAGCGACCUGAGCUCCCUCGGCGGCCUUUUCCCAGACAAAGAAGGCGAUGGCGGUGCGCAGUGCCCCUGGUGCGGCGCCACAGUCGACAUGAAGCUCCUAAAGGACUUUUCAAACGGCAAACGGCUCAACGUCCGACUUCAAACAAAAUUCUGCGAGGAGCACAGGAAGAAAUCAGCAAUGGCAACGUGGGAAUCAAAAGCCUACCCCGACGUCGAGUGGGCCAGCCUCGAAUCCCGCUUCAAGAAGCACCAGAACCGCCUCCUCGACAUCAUCAACGGCUCCGAGGAGUCCUUCUACCGCACCGCCCUCGCCGAAAAGAUUGAGCAGGGCCAGGGCCGCUCCAUGAAGAAGGAAGAGAACCUCAACCCGGGCUACUACGGCCCCCGCGGCUUCAACAUGAUGUGCGACUACCUCGUCAAGGAGUACAGCGACAUGCUCAAGAAGAAGGCCGUCCACGACAAGGUCAUUGCCGGCAGGGGGUCGGCGGCGUUUAUCCAGGCCGUGCUGGUGGCCGAGCUGGGCGUGCAGCUCAUCAUGGAGGACAUGCUCGUCUCGCCGGAAGAAGCCAGGCAUAUACUCGAAGAGAGCAAACCGAUAGGAGACCUUGUGCACGCAGACAAUUGGUUGUGA